UCCCCUCAAGCCCACUUCUGCUACGAACCGCCAACAAUCUGUAACGUGCUCUGAGAAUCAGAAAUAGGGUUUCCGCUUUACAAAUUCACAAAACUAUAUGUUUAGCUCUUUCAUUUAAUGUAUUUGUUUGUUGCCCAGGCUCUUAAACCGCAGCAAAACCUCUCAGCUAUUGGAAGCACAAGGAGUAUUAGCUUCUCAUUGCUCCACUCUCAUCCCUUUUCCUCCACUUCCAUAUCUAAUAAUCACACACCAACGAACCGAAAGGGUGAGGAUUUGGUGCAUGAAAAAGUAGGAACCAUGUCGACGGAUCUCAAUGAUUUUACCAUCAUCAAGGAAGGCGAGGCUGAGAUCCUCAUGCAUGCCAAAAACGAAGUCUUUUACAACAAAACCCAGGUCAACAACAGAGACAUGUCAAUUGCUGUUCUGAGGACAUACAUAUCCAAACGCAAGCAGGAGCAUGAAGCAAUUUUGUCUAAAAGAUUGAAAUCAGCAAUGAAGGUGGCCCAGAAGGAUGAUUCGGAAUCUGUUGCGGAAGAAGCUCUCAAUGACUAUGCUAUGGAGAGUGAAAAACCUAACGGAGAAUGUGAAGAAAAUGAAGAGAUAUCACAGGAUGAAACUUGUAGCAUAUCACAAGAAUCUGCCAAGGCCCCAGAGGGUAAAGUUCGAGGGGAACUCAAGCCACCAAGAGUUCUUGAGGCCCUUUCAGCUUCUGGAUUGAGAGCUCUAAGAUAUGCCCGUGAAGUAGAUGGGAUUGGUAAAGUUGUUGCACUGGAUAACGAUAAAGCAUCAGUUGAAGCUUGUAGGAGAAACAUAAAAUUCAAUGGUUCGGUGGCAUGUUCGAAGGUGGAAUCUCAGCAUGUUGAUGCUCGUGUGUUUAUGCUUACUCAUCCAAAAGAAUUUGAUGUGGUUGAUCUUGAUCCCUAUGGUUCCCCUUCAAUAUUCCUGGACUCUGCAGUUCAAUCUGUUGUGGAUGGAGGCAUGCUGAUGUGUACAGCAACCGAUAUGGCGGUCCUUUGUGGGGGUAAUGGCGAGGUGUGCUAUUCCAAAUAUGGUUCUUACCCAUUGAGAGGGAAAUACUGCCAUGAGAUGGCUUUGAGGAUUCUUCUUGCAAGCAUCGAGAGCCAUGCAAAUCGCUACAAGCGGUACAUAGUUCCUGUGCUGUCUGUACAAAUGGACUUCUAUGUUCGAGUUUUUGUUCGUAUAUACACUUCUGCAAGUGCGAUGAAGAACACUCCUCUUAAGCUCUCAUAUGUUUAUCAGUGCACUGGUUGUGAUUCUUUUCAUCUUCAAUCCAUUGGAAGGACUCUCUCCAAGAAUAACAGUGUGAGAUAUCUACCUGGAUUUGGUCCUGUUGUUCCCCAAGAGUGUAGCGACUGUGGGAAGAAAUUUAACAUGGGUGGACCUAUCUGGUCUGCUCCCAUCCAUGAUCAGGAGUGGGUGACUUCCAUAUUAUCAGAUGUGAAAUCUAUGAAAGAUAGAUAUCCUGCUUACGAACGCAUCUCUGCUGUAGUGACUACAAUUUCAGAGGAAUUGCCUGAUGUUCCCCUCUUUUUGAGUCUGCACAACCUCUGUGCAACUCUAAAAUGUACUUCACCAUCAGCAGUGAUGUUCCGAUCGGCAGUUAUCAAUGCAGGUUAUCGUAUCUCUGGAACUCACGUGAAUCCACUUGGGUUAAAAUCUGAUGCCCCAAUGGAUGUUAUUUGGGACAUAAUGCGCUGCUGGGUCAAGAAUCAUCCAGUUAAAGCACAGCCACCUGACCAGCCUGGAAGUGUGAUACUUGCUAAAGAACCAAGUCUUGAAGCAAAUUUUGCUCGAGCUGUUGCAUCGCUUAGCAAGGCGCAGGCAAAGAAGAUUGCUCGCUUCCUUCCAAAUCCUGAAAGGCAUUGGGGUCCAAAGGUAAGGGCAGGUCGACAAAUCACCAGCAAACACGUCUCUCUUCUUGGUGCAGAAGCAGUGAAUGGUUGUCUUAACCGUGAAGAUGGUGAUGAGCCCAAUGGUAAGCGUCAAAAAACGGACGAUCCGACUUCAACUUCGGAAAAUUAGCACUCAAUGGUUGCUGCCCACGAAUUUAAUUUGUUCUCCGAUGAGUCAUGGUAAAGAAAAUUUUCCUGUAAGUUUGUUCAAAAGAGAUUGGAAGGGCUUGCAUUUUGCAGCCAGGGAAGGUGCUCUUCCAACUGAUUGUUAUUGUUUCAAGCAAAAAGAGAGAAACUGAGUGAACUUUUUAGUGAAUGUUGAAGCAAAUUUUGACAGUUUUAGGUAUUGGAAAUGUACGAUGUGAUUUUGUUGCUUGCA